CUGUCGAUUGGAAAUUUUUACAUAUUUUUGCGCUUUGGAAAGAAAAUAUUUCAUUUUGUCUUUUAUUUCGUAACACAAUGAUCAUGAAAGGAAGAUAGUAAUGGUAUAAAAUAUGUCAAGACAUAGAAAUGUGAGAAAUUAUGCGUACGAAGAAGAGAUGUAUGAUGAUGUCUACGGUCACUCAGUCGAAGAACAUGAUUUAUGUGUCUCUCCAACUACUGCUCAACAGUUCCUGUAUCGCAGGGGGGAGUCAAGGCAAGCUGAUCUUUCAUCAUUUAUGGAGGAAUCAUUGGAUUAUGAUGAUGUGGAUUAUGGAGAUAAUCCAGAUUACCUAGAAGAUCAGAGGGAUUAUGAAGUAGCUAAACUGAAUAAAGAGGAUGAAGUUAAACUCCUGUCAUGUUUGGAUGAAUUUCGUUCAAUUCUUGGAGACCAUUGUGAUGAAAAUGAAGCAAAAUCAGCAAUUAUAAAACACAACUUUGAUUUGGAAAGAGCGAUAGAUGAUGUAUUGAACAAUGAAAAUCAAGUCUUGAGAAGUCCCACUGUUUCAAGAAGUGAUAAAGAUUCUAGGCAUCAAAACAGUCCAACAAAAAAAGAGAAGUAUCGAAUGGAGAAUGCUAGUUUAAAAGUAAACACACCAUCUCCUACUGUAUCGACGAAAAAUUCCACCGAAGCGAGCAGAUGUACAUCGGCUGUUGAGGAAGCGAGGAUUCCGUCACCUGUCAGCCCUUCAUCAACCAAGUCUGCAAAAGUAAAUAGUCAAAAAGAAAAAGAAGUAGCUGAAAGAGAGAAAAAAGUACGACAAGGAAAAACACUUCUUAAUUUAGUUGUCAUUGGUCACGUAGAUGCGGGAAAGAGUACUUUAAUGGGUCAUGUACUCUACUUAUUAGGAGACGUGUCUAAAAAAACGAUGCACAAAUAUGAACAAGAUGCAAAGAAAGCAGGCAAGGCGUCAUUUGCCUACGCAUGGGUACUAGAUGAGACUGGUGAAGAAAGAGAACGUGGUAUAACAAUGGAUGUUGGGUUAACUCGUAUUGAAACUGACUCUAAAAUAAUCACGUUAAUGGAUGCACCAGGACAUAAAGAUUUCAUUCCGAAUAUGAUUUCUGGUGCUGCGCAGGCUGACGUUGCUGUUCUUGUUGUUGCCUCAUCAACUGGAGAAUUUGAAGCUGGUUUUGAAGCGGGUGGACAGACAAGAGAACAUGCUAUUUUAAUACGCUCUCUUGGUGUUACACAGUUACUAGUUGCUGUUAAUAAACUAGACACGGUGGGAUGGUCCCAAGAACGAUACAAUACAAUUAUCACUAAACAAGAAAUUUUAAAACAAGUUGGCUUCAAAGAAAGCGAUGUUAAUUAUGUACCCUGUAGUGGUUUGACUGGUGAAAAUUUAGUCAAACCUGCUCAAGAAAAGUCUUUAAUAAGUUGGUAUAAAGGACCAAGUAUCAUUCAAGGAAUAGAUUCCUUCAACGUCCCAGAAAGACCCUUAGAUAAACCUUUUCGCUUAUGUGUUUCAGAUGUUUUCAAAGGUACUGGCUCUGGUGUUAAUAUCAUGGGUCGUGCUGAAUGUGGUCAGGUUAAAAUGUCAAAAGUUAUGGUGAUGCCUGCUGCUGUACAAGGUCAAGCUAAAAGUAUAUCUGUUCAUGGAGAGCCGGGAGAAUGGGCACAAGCUGGUGAUCACGUGACGUUAACUGUACAUGGCGUGGAUAUCGUGAACAUAACUGUAGGCAGUAUCCUUUGUGAUCCUUCAAAUCCCAUACAAUCUGUGACGAAACUUAGAGCGAGAAUCAUGGUUUUUAACAUUGAUGUUCCCUUAACACGAGGAUUUCCUGUUGUGUUUCACUUCCAAACGAUCAACGAACCUGCCAUUAUCAAACGGUUGAUAAGUGUACUUCACAAUACUGGUGAAAUUAUACAGAAGAAACCAAGAUGUUUGACGAAGAAUUCAACUGCAAAUAUUGAACUGGAGUUAUCUCGACCAGUUUGUGUAGAGUUGUAUAAAGAUUGUAGGAAUCUUGGUCGUUUUAUGCUACGGUAUGGUGGAAAGACUAUUGCUGCGGGAAUUGUCACGAAGAUUUGAUAUUCAACACAAAGAAGAUGAAUUUUGUGGAAAAAAAAUCUGGAAAAAAAGUCUUGUAGUGUAAAUUUUAAAUAAUAUCUAUGAUAUAAGAAAUGAAUUUUAUUGACCAGUAUAUUCCUGUAUUGAAAUAAAGAAAUAUAUAAACUUUAUGUCGUUUUUUUUUGGAUUUGAUAUUCACCAUAAAGAAGAUGAAUUUUGUGGAAAAAAAAUCUGGAAAAAAGUCUUGUAGUGUAAAUUUUAAAUAAUAUCUACGAUAUAAGAAAUGAAUUUUAUUGACCAGUAUAUUCCUGUAGUGAAAUAAAGAAAUAUAUAAACAUCUGACCAUUGAACUUCCAUUUUCAAUUUAGUAGUUCUGGUACAGAGUUUCAACAAAA